AAGUGCGAACUUUAUAACUACUGUAGUUCUCCUCCUAGCAGUCCUGGUCAGAAUUCAGGAAAACUCAACUCUCCUUCGAUUCGAUUUCGUCAUCGUUCGUUCAAAGUUCGGAUUUUUCGGCGACCCUUUUGAGAGAAGUUCAAUCCGUUCGUCGUCGUGGUCCGAGGGUUCCAAUCCUCGUAUUCUUGAUUGACGAGAAAUGGCUUUAACCGGACCAACUCCGCCCAGAGGAAGUGCAGCUGCCACUGCAAGCAUGCGGAGGCGUAGGACCGCGAGUGGUGGGGCCUCCGGAGGAGCAACUGGGACCAUGCUCCAGUUCUACACAGAUGAUGCUCCAGGACUGAAAAUUUCUCCAAAUGUCGUCCUUGUGAUGAGCAUUGGCUUCAUUGCAUUUGUCGCUAUUCUUCACGUCACGGGUAAGCUCUAUUUUGUCCGCAGAUAGGCCCAGAAGGCUGAAGCCCCUGUUUAAAGGGGUCCAAGUGCUAAGUCAUUAGUUCUAAUACAUCUCUGGAAUCGGCUACCAGCAGUAGUUGCGAGUUGGAUUGUAAGAACCCAGAAAAGUUAGCCUAGUCACCAUCAAGGUUUGAGAUACAUAGUUUUAGUUUCAAUUUGUUAUAGGGCAAGAUUCAGCGCCAACUGUGUAACUCCUGAGAAGUGUCUCUCAACAGCAUGACAUUGAGGUUUUCUGUUUCUCUUUGUCCUGAAUCUGUCUGUGAAUUAAAUCAUCUUUUGUGAUCAGGAUUUGGAUGUUACUCAUACGCUGGUGUUCUCA